UCACGUGACCCUCCCGGACGCCCCGCCCACUGGGUCUUGCUCCGGGUCAUGGGGGAUUCUACGUUAUAAAUCACAUGACCUUCUCUGACAACACACACACACCAGCGCCAUUAGCGCUGCGACGGACACUGAAAUAACCGAAAGCUGAGCAGUCGCUAUGGAUUCCAAGUCCGGCCGACUCCCCUUCGUGUCGAGCUCCCGCUCGUCCUACACCAGCCCUUCCUCCUACUCAGCCUCCUCUUCCUCGCUGAGCUCCAGCAGGCUGUAUGGGCGAGAGAGGUUGCUGAGUAGUGACCGCUUCCCUCGCUCCACCACAUCGCUCAAGCCAGAGCCGGACCUCAAGGGCUCGCGGUACCUGAGCUCCAGCAGAGAGUAUGGCGGGGGGACCGCCUCCACCCGGGCCCCCAGCUGGAAGGUGCCCUCGUCCCUGAGCGCCACCACCUCGUCGUAUGAGAGGCCCUGGGCCAGCCCCUCGCUCCUCAGCCAGGACAAGCUGAGCUCGGAGCGGCGGCUGGGCUCGUACUCCGGCCUGCUGGCCUCUGACGACGGAGAGUCCAAGCGCGCCAAGCUCUCCUACAGCAGCAGCACUGCAGCGUAUCCCCGGAGCAGCCUGGGCUCCUCCACUACCCCGGGGUCCCUGUACUCCAGCAGCAGGCUGACCAGUAGCACAGAUUCUAGUGACCGGACAGACGCCGCUCUCCGGCGCUCCACUGGUCUCUCCGCUGGCCUCUCCUCCUCCAGACCUUCAUCGACCUCCUCCUCCUCAUCGUGGUCUUCCUCGCCCAGCUACCUGUCGGCCCGGCGGGACGCGGAGAGGAGGGCGGAGCUCCGGUCCGAGCUGACGGAGCGACGCGUGCGCACUUCUGCGCCGAGCAGCACCUCCGCCUCGCUAUACUCCACAGACCGGCUGACCUCCUCCUACGCCCAAGGAGCGCGGCCCAAGGAGACCCUCUACUCCUCUUCCUCUUCCUCCUCCUCGAUGGCUAGGGAGAGCUCACUGGGCCGCUCUCACCUCCCCUCCUCCUCCUCCACCUCCUCCUCCUCCUCCUACCAGUCCCAGGCGCCCGUACGCUCCCUCCGCACCUCCUCCAGCCUGCGCCCGUCCCACCAGGAGGCGACGGCGUUCUCCUCUCCUCCCCCUCCUCCGCGCGUCUCCUCCGCCCCCGCCCCGGCCUCCACCUGGCAGAGCUCCGUCCGUCACGUCAGGCGCUCCGACCCCACCCCUCCUCCCGCCCCCUCUCCCUCCCCUCCGCCGACGCCGCCCCCCUCCUCCCCGUCCCCGACCCCCGCCCAGCGGCCGGCCGAGGCCGACGGGCGCCUCUCCAACCGGCACCUCUUCUUCCGCCUCUUCUCCCGUCGCUCCGGGCAGGACUCCUCCUCCUCCUCCUCUUCCUCCUCUUCAUCCUCCUCCUCCUCCUCCAGUAGCCCCCCUCCAACUGUGCCACGCCCCCGGGCCACGCCCGACGGCGCCGCCGCCACUCCGUCUCCGCCGUCGUCGGUGGCGGGCUCCGGAGGGGCGGAGCCUGAGCCCCGGGAGGUGGACACGGUGCAGGCGUUCGCCUUCCUGCGGCGCCGGCGACAGGACCUCACCCCCAUCCAGGAGACCCCCCGCCAGGCCAGCGGCAGUGCCGGGGCCGGGGGGCCGGGCUCCACCUCCACCUCCUCUUCCUCCUCCUCCUGGCUGUCCUCCUCGCUGCGGAGCCGCUGCCCCCCGCUCUUCUCCCGCCACCGCCGGGAGAGCCGCGACGAGACCGUGCGGCGGUCGGGCGCGCAGGACGGCUACGACAUCCUGCGCCAGGCGCUGCGCCGGCCCACCGUGAGCCAGGACCCCCAGCACAAGUCCUCCGACGAAGAGGACGAGGAGGACGAAGAGGACGAGGAGGAGGAGGAGGAGGAGGAGGAGGCAGCAGGGGGCGCCGCGGGCCCCGGGGGUGUCAUCCUGGUCCGACCGCUCAGGGGCGUGUGCAGAGACCGAGGGGCGGCCCCGUCCGGCACGCCGACGGCGGUGUCGGCGUACCGGGACAUCGUGGCGGGGGUGGACCCCCGGUACCAGGCUGAGGGGAAGCCGCAGGAGGCCCGGCCGGACCUCUCCAGAGACCCCGAGAGGCUCCGCAAGAUCCAGGAAAGCCUCAUGCUGGAGGACUCUGACGAGGACGAGGGAGACCUGUGUCGUAUCUGCCAGAUGGGGGAGGACUCCCCGGGCAACCCCCUGAUCCAGCCCUGCCACUGCACCGGCAGCCUGCAGUUCGUCCACCAGGAGUGCAUCAAGAAGUGGCUGCGCUCCAAGAUCAGCUCCGGCACCAGUCUGGACGCCAUCACCAUGUGUGAACUGUGCAAAGAGAAGCUGCACCUGAACAUCGACAACUUUGACGUCAGCGAGCUGUACAGGACACACGUGCAGUCGGAGUACGAGUUUGUCAGCAGCGGUCUCUAUCUGGUGGUGCUGCUGCACCUGUGUGAGCAACGGUUCUCUGACGUGCUGGGGGCAGCCAACGAAGCUGGGUUCUUCAACCUGGCGAGAUCUCUUCACGAACACAUGGACAGUCUUGAAAGCCCCCCCGGGGAGACGGAGGACGAGGACGAGGAUGAGGACGUCGAUGACGGACAGGUUGACGUGGCGUCGGUCCUUGACAACAGGCCCUCUAUCGACUUCUCCGAUCUGGAGGACGAUGAUGAUGAGGAGCAGUACUGACGGCCGGAUGCAGUUGCUGUGGAAACGCAACAUGGCGACGGUGUGUGGAUGACCCAAAUGUUUCCACAGCUAUGGUUAUUGAGGUCGCCUGAACACACACGUGCACACCUUCACCACACACACACACGGCUGUUGUUAAUCUGCUCAAAUGAGUGUUCGGGGAUGUCGCCUGACAAUUUAUGAUGUCAAUUGGAAACUAUUGCAGUAGCCUGUUUUUACCAGAGUUGGUGCUGUUGCUGCAGUCAGAUUGGUAACUUGAAUUUCAAAUACUUAGAAAUGGGGGGGGGGGUGGGGGGGUGGUGGUGGUUCAAACUAAUUAGUUCAAACUAAUUUCAGAUGGUUCUUUGAGAUGUUCGGAUGUUGGCAACAGAUGGGUUUUGAGUGCACUUUUGCUAAUCUGUUUAGUUAAUUAUAAAAAAAUAUGGGGAAGAAAAUUGCUUUAAGAAAUGUUCAACCAAGAGUGCUUUAAAAUAAGCUGGAUUUAGACAGAACCUGCAACUUCUGUCUGUCCGUUAUUGCGGGCUUGAAUCGGGCACUGAUGAUGCAUGCCCGGCUGGAGUUAUUUGUUUGUGGGCUUUGAUCUGAGACAACCUUUUAAAGAAGGGUCAUACAUGCUGGCAAGCAAUUAUCUCUUAUCCCACCACCCCCUUCCCCAAAGCAUUUUGCGCAAAGUGAAUCCUACAUGAUGGGGCCCAAUGUAGCUGAAAGACGCUCCAGGGAAACGUGCCACUGCAAGAUUUCUGUUCCUCCUGUACCUUGUCAAGUGGUCUUUUUAUUUUGCUUCUGAGUUGGCUUUGUGUAUAUAAAAGUAGUUUUCCCGAUUUCAUUUUUGCAAUAAAGACUAAUGUAAACAAAG